GCGGAAGAAACCCAGUAGUCACGUGACCGGAACAACGUUCUCAAAACAAAUAUGGCAGUCAAUAGUCAAGUGCAUUGAAAUGUUUAAACAUAAAGUUUCUAAAUGUAAUAAUAAGAUAAGCAAAUGACAUCGUUUCACCAAAAAGACUUGUCCAUUUUACAGGAAACAGAAAUGAGAUACGAAGCGGAUGCACUUCUUGAUCAUCAGGAUGUUAUAAAUGAUGGAUCCGGACAGAAUGACAUUCAGGGAAUGGAAGCAAGUUCGCGGUGGAUGGACGAAUUAAGUCCACAUCAAUCAAUACAGAGAUUAUUAUUGAAUUUCAAUCAAGUUGUAUGUGAACGAUUAGAUGCAAUUGAGAGGAGAUUAGAUAGCAUUAAUGAAUUCUGUCAAACUUUAGAAGAAAAGGUUGAAAUGCUCUCUUCACUUAUGAAAGAAUCAAAUAAUCGUCCUUUCCUCAGGUAUCUGUCAUGA